CCCCUAAAACGAAAUCGAAUCGAUUCUUCUUGUUCUCUCUUAGAUACCAAUUCCCUCGCAGGUGGUGACUUGAUUUCUCAACCGCUAAUUUCUCUCUCUCUCUCUCUCCGAUUGUUCUUGCUCGUUAAUUUCGAAGAGGAGGAAGCGUCCUCCAAGUUCUAGGGUUUCGCUUUGGUUUGUAGGGAUUCCACUUCAAUUGUCAUCGGAGAUUUUGUGUUGUAUUUGGGUGUCUUCCCAGUUUCGAAAGUUGGGUGGUGCGGCUUGGAAGAAGAAAUAGAUGGAGGGGUUUGUUGAUCACUACAUAGUUCUAGGCUUACCCUCUGGAGAGGAAGCUCUGAAGUUUACCGAGAAGGAGAUUGCAAAAGCGUACAAAUUGAAAGCUCUGGACUUGCAUCCGGAUAAACGUCCAGAUGAUCCUGAUGCUCAUGAUAAAUUUCAGAGGCUCAAGACCUCUUAUGAGGUUCUCAAAGAUGAUAAAGCCCGGAAGCUGUUUGAUGAUCUUCUUAGGAUCCAGCGCGAGAAGCAACAGAAGAAAUCACAAGUAGAUUCCAAGAGGCGUAAGAUGAUGUCAGAUCUGGAGGAAAGGGAGCGUUCUGCUUUUUUUCCUGAUUCUGUGGCUAAGCCUUAUGAUGAAGAAGAGAGAAUCGCUAGGAAGCUUAAGGAAGAGAUAGAGAGGAUACGUGCAAGACAUGCAAAGAAGAAAAGUGGUUUUGAAACCUCAGAGAGUAGUGUAGAUGAAAAGAGAAAAGAAGAAAGAAGCGGUGCUGGAGCUAGUGUUCAACUCGAUAAAGAAAGAAUGUUGAAGGUUUCAUGGGAAACAAGUGGUCUAGGGUAUACAGCAGAAAGACUAAGAGAAGUGUUUUCGGAGUUUGGUCAGGUUGAAGAUGUUGUUAUUAGGAGUACCAAGAAGAAAUGCUCUGCUCUUAUUGUAAUGGCUACAAAGGAUGGAGCUGUUGCAGCGACGAGGACAUUGUGUGGCGAUCUCUCUAAUCCAUUGCUGGUUGUACCUCUUCAGAAAGCAGCCCAAACCGAUUUUCCGACCGCUAAGAGGUCUGCAGAAGCAGAACCGCAAAGCAACAUAGUAGGUGCUGGUUAUCAAGCUUAUGAAGACGCAGUCAUGCAAAGACUCCGAAAGGCGGCUAUGAACCAAAAAUGAUGAGGGGUUAAGCUAGCAUGCUCAAGAAUGAAGCUGCUUCGAGACCAAAGUGGUCGUCCUUAUACAUUAUUGUGUACAUUCAGUUUCAUAUCAAUUAAUUCUACAAAUGCACUAUAAAAUGCUUUGUAUUAUCUUCUUGAGAGCUUCAAUUUGUAACGCAAGUCGUUUUCGAACUGAUACAAUUUUGGAUUUGUAUAAUAUUCUUCUUUUACUCCGCAUCAGAAAGCUCUCUUUCUCUCUCAAAGCAGGUCAAUCAAAGUUCUUGCUGUUUUUGUUUCCGAUCGGUGUUUGGAGGCUCUCAUAUCUCCAACAUCGAUUCGGCUUUAGUCUCCAGAUCUUCGGACUAUCGAUUCUUUCGUUUGAAGAAUUGAUUUCGAAUGAUUCUGGUUUUUGUUUGUCCGGAAUUUUCCGGCGUGUUUUGCCGUCUCGAUCUUCGAGCUUAUGUUACCGGUGUGUGCCGGACUUGCCGUCGCCUACUUAUUGGCGCUAAUAAUUAAAACUUGGAUGUGUUUGUGGUUUUGCUGGAUUAUGGUUUAACAUGUUUCUUCUUCCAUCCUUCAUAAUGCUUUCCUUGGCUCUGUUUCGGUUCGAUCCACCGCCGUUCACAAGUUGUGUGUUUGGCUUUGGUGUUGCCGUUUGGGCGGCUCCCUCUCGUAGUCUCUUCCAAUAGAACUUUUAACCAGAUUGAUCGAUAUCUGGAUAGUUAUUUGUUUCCUCACAACCGAUGUCGUUUCGUUCGACAAAACCGGCCAUGGCUUUUUAAAACGGUUUCAGUUCGCCUCAGUCGAGGUUCCGUUAUGCCAAUUCAGGAAGCAAAAGUGUUCAUUGCCGAAGUCUCUUUAUUAUCAAGUGAAGACAAGAAGACUUGAGAAUCAGAUAUGAAAUUGAUAGUUUCUUGGCGAUUAUAUUUUUCAAAUCUUUGGAAAGCAACUGUAAGUGAAGGUUGUAAGAAAUCUAGAUAUUCCAUAAUCGUAGGCUUAAGUUUGUUUCCUUAUCCCGAAUCAUGUUAUCGGGCUGAUGUAUCCAUGGUUCUUGGGGCUAAGUUUGUAUGUUGUAUGAUAUCAAUAAAAUUUCUUAUGAGAAAAAAAAAAAAAGACCAAAUGUUUCUGUGUGCAGCUUUAAUUCGUAACGCAGGUCGUUUGUUGUUGCGAACUCAAUCACUGUUGUUAGAUGGAGAAGAUAGAAACUGGAUAUAGAAAUGUGGACA